ACGUGUUAUUUAUGCGUUAAAAUUUGCACGUAUUUGGCUCUAGACACAAAGCUUAUAAAACAACACUCGGGGAAAGCGUUAAGAUCUGUUUUGCGUCGUCUGUCAGUUCAUGCUGGCCCUUGGCUAUCUGCCUAUGCUUAUUGUCGAGCCCUCCAAAGUAACUAAAACUUUAAAUUAAACACUGACAGUAUAUUUACACUCAUAUGUAGAGUUAUUAUAAAUAGUCAAAAUGAACAGGAAUGCAGUCGACAUAUCCACCUUUGUCAAUUUGCAGAGGACUACAAUAUUCAAAGAGACUUCAGGGCAGAUCCAAACCGGAUCCGUACCGGAUCUGCCCACUUCGGAACGUAGUCUAUUGCUAAAUAAGUAUGACAUACAUUACAUUGUGUGGUUUUUUUGGGGGAGCCAGUGGCCAACCCCAUGAUUUGCUAUGCCCUCCUCUGUCCACCCUAUUACAUUUUUUGGGGGGCACCACACACAGUACAGACAUGUCCAAAAAACAUGGUAAUACAAUAUUUUGGUCUUUUUAUGUACCAUAUGUGUCAUAAUGUGUUAACAUUAAUGAAAAGUAUAACACAAGUUGUGUUAAAUAUAACAAAAAAUGUGUUGUUCCAAUAAUAACAGAGAUGUGUUAGUUAGGGACAACACAUUUAAUUUGUUAAUUGUUAAUUUGUUAUUUUGUAGAGUGUACUGUAAUGUUGGCAUUUGCAAAACCAUGGUUUUACCAGAGUAACUAUGGAUUAAGCAUGGUUAUGUAGUAACCUUGGUUUACACUAACCAUGUUUUUUAUUUUAACUGUACCAUGGUUAAAACUUAGUAAAACCAUGAUUAAAACUUUUUCAAACUUUAUUUUAACAGAGCUGGAGACGAUGCAUAAUCAAUCUGAAUAAAACUCUAGUCUAGUGUCAAUCCCACCAUGCUCCUCCCUAUACAUAAUAAUAAUGCUAAUUAUAAUACAUAUGAAUAAUUCAUAAUGCUCCUCCCCUCAGACUGCCUUCAAUUAUCAGAAUUAUCAGCCUAGAAACAUAAAUCCUCCUCUGUUUGAAAGAAUGCUCACUUACUCUCCAUACUUACAGGCCAGAAUAUUUUUAAGCCAAUGCCGUUUACUGUUGACCUGUGGAAUAUCUCCUUUUAAAAUAAACUUAUACACUUAUUCUGCAUAUUUUUGUCAAACCUAAGGUAAGUGUUUUAGUAUAUAAUUUAUUAUGUAAUAGAUACAAUUUCUUUCAUUUUAUGCUCAACCAUUUGCUGUUACCUUAAAUGACCCUUUUGGAUUGCAUAAGUAGUAAUGUUAAAAAAUCAAAAGGGCAUAACAGGAGGUCCAUUAAGAAUGCAUUGUGUUUUCACGGUUUGUUUUUACAGCUGAAACCCCCUUGAAGAGAGACUCUACUCAUUUAGUUGACGAUUCAGUCUAAACAGACAGCAUUAUGGACAGACCAGGCUUCUGUUUGGUGGACUACGCAGUAUUUGCUGCUAUGCUGGGAAUAUCGGUGGCUAUCGGGCUAUUCCAGUCUCUGAAAAAGAGCCCAGGUCACUCUAACGUGGACAACUUUUUCACAGGUGGCAGGGGUUUCUCUGCCGUGCCUGUCGGACUGUCGCUCUGCGCCAGCUUUAUGUCAGCUGUUCAAGUGCUUGGUGUCCCAUCAGAGGCCUAUUUAUAUGGUUUUAAGUUCCUGUAUAUGUGCCUCGGACAGGCGCUUAACUCUUUCCUUACGGCGGUCCUGUUUGUGCCAGUUUUCUAUCGUCUUAAAAUUACAAGCUCAUGUCAGUAUUUAGGGAUGAGGUUUGGCAGAGGGAUGCAACUCCUUGGGAGUCUUCAGUUUAUUGUAGCCACACUCCUCUACACUGGUAUUGUGAUCUUUGCUCCUGCAGUCAUCUUGAAUCAAGCUACGGGUCUAAAUAUGUGGGCAUCUCUUCUCUCGACUGGAAUCAUCUGCACAUUUUACACAACACUGGGGGGCAUGAAAGCGGUGAUUUGGACUGAUGUGUUUCAGAUUGUUGUUAUGCUGUGUGGGUUUAUUGCAGUCUACGUUCAUGGCACUCUGUUGGCUGGAGGACCAGCAAGGGUGCUAGAGAUCGCCAACAAUGGAUCACGCAUCAAUUUUAAUGACUUUGGCAUAGACCCGCAGAAGCGCUAUUCGUUCUGGAGUUUCACAGUGGGCGGGACUAUGGUCUGGCUAUCCAUGUACGGAGCCAAUCAGGCACAAGUGCAGCGUUACGUAUCAUGCAGAACAGAAACACAAGCUCAACUGGCGCUGCUGGUUAACCAGGUGGGUCUGUGUCUUAUUGUGAGCAGUGCAGCCACCUGUGGCAUUGUGAUGUUUGCUUUGUACUCCAAUUGUGAUCCACUAAAAGCUGGGAAAAUAUCUUCACCUGACCAGUACAUGCCGUACCUGGUCUUGGACAUUUUCCGGGAUCACCCGGGCUUCCCAGGACUUUUUUUAGCCUGUGCAUACGGUGGGACUUUAAGUACGGUUUCCACCAGCAUCAACGCAAUGGCUGCUGUUACCAUGGAGGAUGUGCUAAAGCCGUGGCUACUGAACGUUUCACAGAGAAAACAACUCUUGCUCUCCAAGUCAUUAUCUCUGUUUUACGGGAUUGGCUGCAUUACGAUGGCGGCUCUCUCAUCUCUUCUGGACUGGGGAGUUCUUCAGGGCUCAUUUACAGUCAUGGGUGUAGUGAACGGUCCACUUCUAGGAGCAUUUGUGUUGGGCAUGUUUGUACCAGCCACAAAUAAACCAGGGGUGUUCUCGGGCGUGGCUGUGGGUUUCUGUCUGUCUCUAUGGCUUGCUGUUGGAAGCACAAUCUAUCCUCCAACACCAAAAAUAAUGGGUGUUUUACCCACCAGUGCAAGUCAGUGUCUGUCACGUAAUGCAACACUCAAUGGCACCACAACACUGAUUCAGUCAUCUGCACUGGAACCAUCAGAUCUUGAGGAUUAUGGUCAAUCUGGCCUUAAAGCUAUCUAUUCAAUAUCCUACCUCUACUUUGGAGCCUUGUCAACAAGUGCAGUCGUGCUGGUUGGUGUGGUUGUUAGCUACAUUACAGGACCCACAAAGAAGGAAUCUAUUGAUCCUGGUUUAUUAUGGUGGAGUUUGAAACAAAAGACCUGCGGCUCGUCCUGUCGAAACGUGAAUAAGACAACAACAUACAAUCCCACCGACAUCCUUCUCUGUCCAAAAGAACAUUUGGCUGCUGAUGAUGUUUUACUCAACAAAGGUGAAAUGUAGACCGAUGCUGGAUUGUCUUUUAUCAUUUGAAAGAUUAGAUUUACGUUUCCAAAAAAAAAAAAAAAAUGAACAA